CACAACUUGCAGCGAUCCGAUGUCGUGGUCAGCUCAGGAUAUCAGGAUCGAGCAUACUGUAUCGAACAUAGCGAGCAUCGGUCGAAAGCCUUACGACCCGACCCGCCCUAAAGAUUGUCAAACACCGGAUAGACCACCAGCCCAGAAGACCUCCUAACGACCGAAGACGACCCGCCCAUCAUGCCUCUCGAAGCUACCAUGAUUGUCAUCGACAACUCCGAGUACAUGAGGAACGGAGACUACGCACCGAACCGUUUUCAAGCGCAGAACGAUGCCGUCUCCAUGGUAUUCAACUCCAAGACGGGGAGUAACCCCGAGAACACGUGUGGGGUGAUGAGUAUGGCCGGACAGAGCCCGCAAGUCCUAGCGACCCUAACUCAAGACCUAGGCAAAGUCCUCUCCGCCCUCCAGACCAACCACAUCGGAGGAUCCAUCGACCUCCCGACCGCCCUGAACGUGGCCCAGUUGGCUCUGAAACAUCGGGAGAACAAGAAUCAACGUCAGAGGAUCGUCGUCUUCCUGGGGUCUCCGCUUGUCGAUCCCUUCGGCACUGGGAUCGGUUCGAGCAGUGACGCAGCGGGGAAGGGAUCAAGUGAAGAGGCUUUGGUCAAGUUGGGGAAGAAGUUGAAGAAGAACAAUGUGGCUGUGGAUCUGGUGCUUUUUGGGGACGAAGGGAUGGAGAACGAGGCGGUGUUGUCCAAGUUUAUCGAGGCCACGCAGAACAGCGAGAAUUGCAACCUGGUGACGAUCCCACCCGGUCCUCACCUCCUUUCCGACCUGCUCGCUACCUCUCCUAUCCUCGCUGGUGAAGGUGGAGCUGGGAUGGCCCAGGGGAUGGACCAAGAUGGUGAUUUCGGAGCGGCCGCAGGGGGUGCAGGUGGUGCGGGGGGUGAUUUUGGGAUCGACCCGAAUAUGGACCCGGAGUUGGCCAUGGCCAUUCGGAUGUCUCUGCAAGAGGAAGAAGAACGUCAACGAAGAGAAGCCGGAGCCUCCGCACCUGCCGCAUCAACCGAGACCGCAUCUUCUUCCACUUCGACUUCCGCCCCGGCUCCUAUCCCUACCGAGACCCCGACGGACCCACUCGCCGCUCCCGAACCCGCCAUGCCGACCUCGUCCGAACCUACCCAAGCUCCACCUCAUCCCGCUACGGGAAUGCCAUCCGACACUUCGGGGCCGAUCUCGGUGCCAGGUCAGUUGUCGGAUGAUGAUGUCGAUAUGGACCAAGCUGCGGCUCCGACAGGUGCGGGUGGUGAUGGUGCAGGGGAAGAGGAUGAGGAUGAGGACGAGGCGAUGUUGAGGGCGAUCGCUAUGAGUAUGGAAGGACAGGAAGGAGGGGCGAAGGAGGAGGAGAAAAAGUAGGCCGGUCUAGGCUCCGUCUGGACUCUCAGGCAUACUCGGACCGAUGUUGCAUGUGAUGUGGGCAUAUAUAUAUCUUUUGUGGUUAAUGACAUGUAUUGCGUUUUAUGCGGAUGAUAUCUUACGACGACGAA